GUAUAACCUCCUCUCACAACAUGCACGGUAGGUACCCGCCGUUACUAACGGUUACCCAACUACAAAGCCAAUACUAUAACUAACAAAAUCCCUAGUUGGUUAAAAAAACAGGUAAUAACAGAAAUGCUCCUCAAUUUUUAGAACGAAUCCAGACCAAGCAGAUUUGUGUUUAUAUGGUGUGCCCUACUCUACCUUGAUGUUAAUUAGUUGCAUAACAAAAAAAUCCCAGAGGGGUUUUAGCAGUUCUGGCACAACAACUUCCAUGGAUGAGCAUAAACCAAACAAGAAACCAAAAAUGCUGCACAGGGCUUUCAUGAAAGCAUUCUUCAACCAUGAACACCAUGGUUUCUAAUACCAGCAUUCUUCAUCAAUCUUAUCACAGCCCUCUUAGUGUUUUGUCUUGCAUUUUUGCGCUUGGGAUUGUAGCUUUGUUGUUCCUACUAGGCCACACAAAAUUCACCACUCUCAGCCGUCUAUUUUGGAUCGGCAACUUAGCUUUCUGCACUGCAGGUUUAUUUCUCAUUGCCUUCAUGCAUCACAUUGUUGGAACCAUAUUUUCUUGGUUUCCAAACAGAAGCCAGAACGAUCACGAAAUUGGAGACGACCGAUCUCCCCAUCAUCAUGAUCAAGAUUCGUUGCAACAAGCACCUGCACAAGAUAUUGUAGCCCUGUUCCACAUGGUGUUGAUGGAAGUGCUAGAUAGGGUUUGGGAGGAUUUGGUGACGGAGGAAGGGCCAGAGCAACGUCCUCAGGCUGCGGCCCUCCAAUUUCAAGCCUUGGAGGCGCUCCCGCCGCCUUUGCAGUACUGCAAGGGCGGUCUUGACAUAACAUCGAGUUGCUGUGGGGAUCGGUGUACUAUUUGCUUGGAUGAUUUCAUGGAUGGCGAGUCUUGCCGUGUUUUCGCAUGCAACCACAUGUUUCAUUCAAAUUGCAUUGAUCCUUGGUUAAAGAACCACCUAACUUGCCCAAUUUGUCGAAACUCUGUUGUACAUGUCUGAAUUUGUAAUGUAAU